GAAAUGUUUCAAAAUAUCCAUGGGAUCUUGUGAUUGAAAUUAAAGAUAUAGAAGUCAUUUGCUUUUGCUUCUUGUGUAACAAAAAUUUCAACUAUUUUUAGUUGAAAACUCCAAAUUUCAAUUAUGAGUGAAGAAGGCAAGGACAGUCAUUAUCACCACCAUGGCCACCACUAUGGCCACCACCACCACCAUUAUGGCCACCACCAUCACCACCAUGAGGAGACCCAACCACCCCCACCAUGGCUACCAACAGCACCACCAGUAGUACCUGAAUAUGGCACUUUUCAACCACCUCCUCAACCAGUAAUCGGUUUUCCUCUGCCAGUUCCUCCACCUGGAUCAGUACUUGAACCUUCUGAAUACUAUGCUCGUGGCUAUCAAUCUGUUCCAGUUCCUCCACCUGGAACAGUACUUGAACCUUCUGAAUACUAUGCUCGUGGCUAUCAGUCCGUUCCAGGUUAUGUGGUUGAUGAGAGGAGACCUGUGACAGAGCCCCGCCUUCCUUUUGGUAUUGGUCUUGGCUGGUUCUUGUUCAUUAUUGGUUUCUUUCUUGCUGGCUUCCCUUGGUAUGUAGCUGCAUUUAUCCCGCUUUGCAACAGAUCAAUUGAUCAUCGAGAGAAAUCAGGAUACGUUGCAUGCACCAUUGCUGCUGUUCUUGCUGUAAUUGGUAAUAUCGUAUUUGGCUUGACAUGGAUAUUAUUAACAGCAUAAUGGUGAUCAACAUCUGUGGAGUAUUCGUGUUCUAGCUAGUUGGCUUGAUUAAUGCACAUUUUAUUCAGAACAUUUCUGUAAAACAAAAGUUACAUGUUUUAAUUAGAUAUAUA